GCGGCUCUUCAACGUGCAGCGCAUCAAGGAGGCGUGGCGCUUUGCCCUGUCCGGCGCCUGGAUCCGCAACUUUGAAGAAUGCAAGCAACUCUUUUCACAAUGGAAGGCCCUCAUCACCGACCCGGAGGUGUGGAAGGCCGGGUUCGAGGACCUGCUGAGCGUGCGCCCGCUGGAGAUGCGCAUGCGGGACGCCUCGGCCCUGGUGCUCGAGGGCCUCCUUACUGGCAUAGCAAUCACUUGGAGCAUGGGAGCGCUGUUUGGACGAAAAUGAUUUUGGCAUGGCAGAGAGCGGCGACUUAGACGUGCGUGUGUAUGGAUGUAUUGUAACGAUUCGACUAUGAUGUAAUAUAGACACUACCUAAACAGUACCAUAUUGGACCUUGAGGGAUAUACAAGGAGAAACAUUAGACGCAUAUAACACGAUGAAUGAAGAUGCCGGGGCAAAAGAAUUAGUACUUUUUAGUCAUCUUAUGUAUACAUAUGAUUCAGAUUGGAGUCUUGUCUGCUGUUGAUGCUGUU